UCUUGUAGCCAGGUUUAACGCAUUUCGCUGACGGGAAACGACUGCAACGACUAAUAGUGGGUCUACGAAGUUUGCAAAGUGGUGUUUCAUAUUUGAGAAUUUAGCCCGGGACCAUGUCUAACUGGCGGUUCUUCGUUGUCGCUGUGAUCAGCAUGUACUUCCUGACAAUGAGUUGUCAUGCCUGUAAAAAAAAGAAGAAAGAAUUUGAAACAAAGUUGUGCAAGUACAAAACGCAAGUGAUCACUGGCUUUCCGAGCAAAAUAUCUGAACACUCUCUGAAAAAUCCUUUGUGUUCUUCAGUCUUCUCGUCAGUCUUCGAAACUGAGAGCACGGUGGCUAACUGGUGGUUGGUGCUUGAUAAGAAAGAAAGGUGGGCAUAUUGUCCACAGGGUCAUUUUCUACAAGGAUUCAAGUUCACAAAACGUGAGAAAGGCAUAUACGCGUUGGAAGAGGGACGGUGUACCAAAUCAAAUAAGCUAAAAAACGCAUGGGGCCACUGUUAUCAAGAGUACACAUCUCGCUCCACCCGAUGCCGUGACAACUACUACCUUGCAGGCAUCUACCGAGGCGACUGCUCCAGCUGGAGCUGUGUAACCAAACUGAAAUGCUGUAAAAUGACAACAGACUUUACGGUGGAUUCUGCUGAAACUGCAAAGGAGAAAGUUAUGACGCGGUCUCUCCUCGCGAUGGCUCAGUUAGCCUCGUAUCUAGGCUAUGCUAGACCUCAUGGAUGCUAUGGAGUACAGCCUGGGGACAAUUUCGAGAAAAAAGGGAACUCCUGGGAGGCAAAGAAGUGUAGUGGUCGAGACGAUCGCCGUUUGAAGAUUUCUUAUAAGGACUGGACAUUCAGCAUUGCGAACAUGAAGUAUUCACAAACGGAGACAACAGAACUUGUGCCAAAGACAAUAGACAAUGGUGUUUUGGUCAAUAACCACCCCACUCCAGCUGUCGAGAUAAUAACUAGAAAUGACAGAAGUAUUCGAACAGUGAAACACAGAUUAACAAGUCAUUGGAAGGUGUCUGUUGAGGUUGGGGUAAAGGUGACAUACACACCUCCAUCAUUGACAGGAGGGGUGGGGGGUGAAUUUAGCUUCAGCGUAAAUGCAGAGGGUGGGGAAGAAACCAUGGACGAAACUGGGAAUACCCAGGAAGCGUCGCUUGAGAUAAGAAGAGAGAAAGAACUUGAUCCCUAUACAUCUAUGGAAUGGGUGGCAAGAAUGUACCAAAGCCGCACGACGCAGUAUUACAAGGCAACCCUUCGCGUGGAGUGCUCAGCUGAGUUGGACGGAGAUCUCAAAAAGGACAACUAUCACACAAGAUACGGCGGGAAAAACAAAAACUACUUCUCGUACACUUUCGGCGAUGCAGACACGCCAUUUUACGAAGCUGUCAAAGAGGAGAAAGACCAGUGGUCUUAUCCCUGGAGGUGGGGCGAUCUUGCUGGUCGAGAGUCGAAUCUGAAGAAUGUUGUAGGAUAUUUGGCGGAUCAGAAGAGUUACGAGUUUGUUAUUGAAGGCAAGUUUGACGACAUUCAGGGUUAUAAAGUUGAAAUGGAAUUUGGCAAUCACACAGAACUACCCCGUCCGGAUCAGUUCAGCAAUGACCGUUUAUCCUUGCCUUUGUUGAGUUUCCGACGGCCUGUGGGGAAAGGAGAAAGCAAGGUCGUUGUAGCGAACGAGGGACCCGAUGACCCCCUGUCCGGUUUUCAACCCAUUUUUAAUUAAGCGGUACAUGAUCACUGAGAAUGAAUCAAUACUCUAAUCUCUCCUGUACUCCCUUCACUGAAUGGACGUCCUUUGUCGGGAUUAUAGUGAUCAAGUCCACAGAAUAAAGGCAUUGUUAAAAUGAA